AUGAGCCACGAAAACCAAGAAAACUACGAUGACUACAAUGAUGACCAGGACAACAAGUACGAUCAGCCGUAUGAUGACCAGAGCCGGGGAGACGACUAUGGAUUUGGACGAGGUGGAUCGACAAGUGGCCGAGGAAGAGGGUUUGGUAAUGCACCAGGAGCAUAUGGGUCAGCACCAUACGGAACGCGAGGAGGCAGAGGAGGCCCUGGAAUGGCUCCACCCGGGUUCGCUGGCAGAGGACGUGGGUUUGCUCCACCAGGUAUGGGCGCAGGUUUUGCUCCACGUGGACGUGGUAUGCCGCCUGGUCGAGGCGGAUUCGCUCCUCCGUACAGAGGGGGAUACGGCGGAGCUGCCGUGGGAUACAACUACAAUGGAGGUCCCGGAGCAUAUGGAGCUCCACCACAAGCACCCAAUCCACAGGACCAAGAGGACAGGUUGAAAAGGUUAGCCGGGUGUGAAGAAGGACAAGAGUUAUGGGUGGAAACGGAGACAGCUGAAGGCAAGAAAUACUUUUAUCAUCCGGUGAACAGAAAUACGAUCUGGGAGCGUCCUCAAAACUCUAAAAUUGUCAGUCAGCCAGAGUUAGCUCAAUUAAUUAGCAGAGCCACAGAAGAGGAAAAGAAUCGCGAAGCGCCACCAAUGCAUGGUCAUCCCCAGAAUCCAGAUGAAGCAUGGAGUGAAUUCAGCGCCCCUGAUGGACGGAAGUACUACUACAACUCUAUCACCCAAGAAAACACGUGGGAGAAGCCGAAAGCACUUCUAGAUAAGGAGAACGGAUCUAAAGACUCACCAGAACCAGUUCAAUCUGCUGCGAUCGCGGAAGCUCAAGCUAAAGCACAAGCUGCACUGGCUGCAUUCAUGGCUCAACAGAAGAACACUUCCAAUGGGGGUGGUGGUAUGCCGAUCUCCAAAGCUCAAGCUUCAGGCGCUGCCGCGGCUGCAGCUGUGAAUGCUGAGGCAGCCAAAAAGAAAGAUUCUACCCGUCCUAUCAGCAGCACCCCUGUAAGCGGCACUCCUUGGUGCGUCGUUUGGACUGGAGACAAAAAAGUGUUCUUCUAUAAUCCAUCGACAAAAACUUCUGUAUGGGAACGUCCUCCAGAUACCUACGGACGUGACGAUGUCGACAGACUCCUCCAAAGUCCUCCAACUCCAAAGGCUGAAGAAGAAGAGGAAGAACCUGUCAAAAAAGAUAGUGAUUCAGAAGAAGACUCGGAUGAAGACGGACCACCAAAGCCAAAGAAAAGCCGAGCGGAGAAAAAGAAAGAGGCUUUGCUUGCUGCUCAAAAGAAAGAAAAAGAACGUCCUCGUCAGAUGCUUCAAAAACCGAUUGAUCCUGCAAUUGAAGCAGAGAUGGCCGCUGCUAAAGAACGUGAGAAAGUCCCUUUGGAAGAGAGACUCAAACAAUUCAAAGAAAUGUUGGAAGAGAAAAAAGUGAACACCGGAAGCACUUUCGAGAAAGAACUAUCCAAAAUUGUUUUUGACAAACGGUAUUUGUCUCUCGGAGCAACUGAACGCCGCGCUUGUUUCGAUGCUUUUUGCCGAGAAAAAGUAGAGGCUGAGAGGGCAGAGAAGAAGAAAAAACUCAAAGAAGCCAAAGCGGACUUCUCCAAAUUGCUCGCCGAAGCUGACUUGAACGGUCGAUCUUCUUAUAAAUCUUUCUGCUCAAAGUAUGAAAAAGAUUCUCGUUUCAAAGCAGUAGACAGGAAUCGUGAUCGGGAGGAACUUUUCAACGAGUUUGUGGGAGAUCUUUACAAAAAAGAGAAAGAUGAGAAACGUGCGAAGAAAGAAAAGCUGAAAGCCGAAUUUGUGAAACUUCUUGAAGAGCAAACUGGACUGACUCGCAAGUCCAAGUGGUCCGCUGUCAAAAAAACUCUAGAAGAGGAAGAGCGAUACAUUGCACUGGAUAGUAGCUCUACACGGGAAUCUCUGUUCCGAGAUUUUGUCGCCAAUUUGGGAGACGAAACGGCUUCUGACAUCGAGGAAGAACAAGAGAGAGAAAAACGUCUAGCAACCCAAGCAGCGAUAGCAAAUCGUCAAAAAGAAGUCGAGGCAGAACUGGGUGAUCAAUUAAGAGAGCGCAACAAAGAAAGUGAGAAACACAAGCUUGCUGAAAGCGAAGAAACCUAUCGCAAUCUUCUGAUUGACUUGAUCAAAACCACGGAAACAAGUUGGCAUGAUGCAAGAAGAGUUCUCAGAAAAGACGAUCGCUACUCAAGUUGUGAUUUGCUGGACAAAUCGCGCAAAGAGUCUCUGUUCGAUGAUCACAUCAAAACGCUUGAUCGAAAACGGAAGGAUGCAUUUUUCCAAGUACUCGAUAACCACGAUACGAUCACUCCGGUUAUGCGUUGGCGCGAUGCAAAGAAAGUCAUUCAGGCCGAGGAAGAAACAUUCAUGAAAGUUGCUAGCAACUCUGAAAGAAAAGUAGAGAAGGAUUUCCGAGAAUGGCAAGAGAGACGACACGUUCAACUCGCAGCAGAAUUCAGAGAAAUGUUGACAGAAACCAAGACGAUUACUCACAAAAGUAAGAAGUUGAUGGAGGAAGGAGAAGAUCACAUGAAAGAUAUUCUGGCCGUACUAGAAAAGGAUAAGCGUUGGGUUCGAAUGACAGCGAUGAAUGCUGCGGAACGUGAUCGUAUGCUUGAGGAUUAUAUCGGUAAGAUUUUUAUCCAAUUCUCAAUCAUAGAGCUAAUUACAGACAACCUCGACCGCAAAGGUACACCACCACCACCUACCCAACAAGAGCGUGAGCGGAGAAAGCUCUGA